AUGAAUGAGAUCAGCAGAGGAGGAGGCUCCAAGAUUAAAAGGCAAUCAGUUCGUGAAUUUGGAGGAUGUAAAUCAGUUAAGCAGAGGUCAGAUGAAUUCCAAUCUGAUGAGGGCACCAACAAGGGAGGAAAUGAAGGCAGCUACUUUCAGUAUAGGGAGUAUGAAGGCAUCAAGUCUAAAUGGCUUUUUAGGUCUGCAUUGGAAUUGUGCAUUCCAAAGGUGUGGCUUCGGAUUGAAAUCAAUGGUGGUUUCAGUGGUUUUUCUGCUGAGUUGAUCUUCGUAUUUGUGGUGUUUAUGGUGGCAAUGGUGUUUUCGUUGUUCGUCGUCAUCAACUAA